AUGAUACGGAAAACUCAAUCAAGUCUACCGAGACUAUUUCCAAAUUUUCAAACCCCAUACCCAUAUUCAUCUUCAACUAAAAGACUACAACAGCAGCAGCAGCAACAGCAGCAGCAGCAACAACAACAACAGCAUACUCAUAGGCUAUUACCUAGUAUAAAAUGUACCACUUUAAUAUCAAAAAGGUUCUAUGCUAGUUUCAAUUAUUCAAAGGCACCUACAAAACUUUUCAUGGCUAGUUUUUUAGGUCAUCGAUAUCGUCAAGUAAAUAAUUGGAUAUUUGAAGACAAUAAUGUUGAAACAAUUGGGAAAAAUGUUGGAAUAAAACCACCAGUUGAAGGAUCAAAAGAGGAUUUUAUCAAUCUUCUACGAUGCAAUUCUGAAUUUGAACAAGAACAAAUCAUUUCAAUUAUUGAUAUAUAUGAUCGAUUAAUUGAAGUUUUAUAUGAAAUGAGAAACGGAUUUGAAUUUUUACAAGAAUUUUGGGAUGCUUUAUUUAAUAAUACUAUUGAAUCAAGUGAAAGUAGAUUGAAUUUACAAAAAUUAUUAUUUGAAAGAAGAAGUAAAUUAAUUGAAGUUUUAAUUCAUACGGGAAGAUAUGAUUUAUAUGAAAAAUUAAUUAAACCACAAUUAUUAAUUUCAAAGAAUCAAGGUAAACUCGAUGAAAUAAUUCAAGUUAUACAACCACAUAUUAUAAAAAAUGAUAUAAUAAUUUAUAAUUCACAAUUAAUUGAAGAAUAUCUAUUGAACCCAAAAAAAGAUAUAACCAUGAAAAGAGAUAUCAUCAAAUGGGUAGUCAAGUCAGUAUUAAAUCCUAUUAAUGCUAUCACAUAUGAGAAAAAUUCAUAUGAACAAAGAAUGCAAUAUACCAAACAAUUCAUUUCUUGGUCCAAUUUAGUUGAAAAUGGUGAUGAAUGGUUUGUAAAUUCAAGAAAUGGUACUCCAUAUGAUGAUAUUUUACCAUUAAUUGGUGUUUAUAAUGGUAGAAUCAAUGUUGAAGUUUUUUUACAAGAUCUUGUUAGAGUUGUUUCAAAAGAAUAUGGUAUGAAGAAUAGUUAUUAUUUCAUAACGGCAAUUAUGAGAACUAUAAUUAAAAAAUCUCCAUAUUUAACUUAUCAAUAUUUCACAUUUAAAGAAUCUCAAAUUAGACUUCGAUCAUUACCAAGAAACGAAGUUUUAUUUGUUGAUGAUUUAACAUUAGCAUUAAAAGCAUGUUUUAAAUUUGAUAUUGAAAAAAUUCAUGAAUUAUAUCGAACUAAUAAAGAUUUACAUGAUGGUAAUGAAGGUCAUCAAGAAACUGUAUUACUUGAAUUAUGUCGAAAAUUAAAAGAUUGGAAUACUUUACAGAAAAGAUUUGAAAGUAUGUAUGGUAAAGGUGAUUUACCAUUAACUGUUCAUUAUGGUAUUGUCAUGCAAAGUUUAGAUGCUUUAAAAGCAGAUGAUGAAAUGCAAAGAUUAUUUGAUCAAUUAGAUUGGAGAAAAUUGAAAUUAAGUGCUACUGUCAUGGCAUCUUUAAUGAGGGCUAAAUCAAGAAUUCAUGAUCAAGAUAAAGUUGUGGAAUUAUUUGAAGAUUACAUAAUCAAGGCUAAAACAGGUAAAGCUGAUCCAGAAGGUGUUCAAAAUUUAUUCCCAUUGGUUAUUGAACUGUUGAUUCAUGAAAAGAAAAUUGAUUCAAUCUUGGAAUGUAUUGAAAAAUAUCUUGAAAGAGAAAAACAUGAAGAAUUUACCAUUGUAAAUGGGGAUACUUUAAAUAAAGUAUUUCAUUCAUUCCUAGAUUCAUAUUCUUUGAAAUCCAUUGAAAAGCUUCGAUCAUUAGUUGAAAGUUAUAAUAAAGAAAGUACAGAAUACUAUUCUGGAUUAAUAUCUGUUUAUUCUAAGCUUGAUUUAUUUGAAAAAGCCGAGGCUACAUCAUAUGAAGCACAUGGGAAAUCUAAAAUACCAUUCUCAGAUAUGGAAAUAUGGGCUCAGCAAUUGAAGAAUUAUAUAAAUUGGUUAAAACGUUGUCCUGAUAGAGAUACAGAAUUGUAUCUCUACAAAAAGAUUACUUUUAUUGCCAGAAAUGCUUUAGAAACAAAUGAACAUGUAUUCAAUAGUGAAGGAGGAGUUUCAAUUAUUUGUGAUUUAAUGACUUAUUAUAAUUAUAUUAAAACUCCAAGAAUUCCAGGAAGAUUAUUUCAAAAGGCAAAACUUGCUGAUUUGAAAAGUGAAAAAUUAUAUCUUCAACAAUUACGAACAUUAGUUGAAAAUUUCCGAUUUUCAAAAGUUAUAUCAGUAUUUCAAAGAAUGAAUGAAAGGAAAAUACAUAUGACAGCAAGAACUUAUGAAAUUGUUGUUGAAGCUGUCUUAAAUUUAGAUAGACGAUCAGGAAGUGCAUAUCAAACGACACCAAGAUCAUUUAAAAAUUCAACAAGUUUAAUUUAUCAAAUUCAAGGAUAUUAUGGAUUAAUAAAUGAAAGAGAAAGAAUUGAUGAAUUAAAUUUAGCCGAUGAUGUUAUUUAUUUGGCAAGAAUGAUUGUUAAUUAUCUUUCUGUUGUUGGUCCUGAAAAGGGUGCAAAAGUAUUUUUAGAUUUUGUUCGAAAUAUUUAUCUGAAAUUGGGUAAGAAUAUUAGUUUUAAAUUACAUUGUAUAUUUUUUGAAGGACUUCGACAAGUUAGUGAUGUUAGUGAAGUGGCAUUAUCUAAAGAACUUCAAAAAACUAAAAGUUUGAUUGAUAAAUAUGUUGAAGAAUCUCCAAUUGAUAAUCCAGCUAUACCAUAUGAUUUAGCAGAUACUUGUGGGAAAUUAUUAUUUGAAAAAUUUGAAAUUUUGGAUGAAAUAGAAGAUUAUAAAUCUAUUGAUGAAUUGAAAAUAUUGGAUUACAUGUUACUUGGAGUUAAAUUCUCAAAUGAUGAUUAUAUUACAUUAUUCACCUAUUUUCUUAGAUAUCCAGAUUUUAGAAAUUUGAACCAAGUUUUAGCAAUUAUUGAGAAAUAUUUAAUUCAAGGAAGUAUCGACCAAAGUAAGUUUUACAUGGAGAAGAAAUUAUGUUAUAAACUUUGUUUGAAUCAUUUGGCAAAUACUUAUAAAGGACAAGAACAAGGAAUAAUGGAUACUUAUAAAGUAUUGAAUGAUUAUUAUUAUAUUCAAAGUCUAGAUGAAGUUAAAAAAGAUAUCAACAAUAGUACAAUUAAAGAUUUUCUUCGAAGUCCAUCAGGUAGAUUAUUCAAUGUUAGUUCUGAUCAAUAUCAUUCAAGAACAAUGAAUCAACAUAAAUUUUUAGAAUAUUUCAAUCCUCAACGAAUUCCUCAAAAAUUUAUAUCAUUGACACCAUUAUUGAGAGAUUUAUUAUCUGAUGUACUUCAAGAAUAUCGAAAUCAACAUCCAAAGGUAUUUAAAUUAUUAAGAGAAAAGUAUCCUAAAACUAUAGAUUUUACAUUGAAUGAAACUAAUCGAGAAAUCAUUUAUCGUUUACAAAAUUUUGAAGAUAUUGUUAAUGAAUAUAUUUUACAUCAAAGUUCAAAAUAUUUAGAUGCUAAUAAUUAUUUGAAACGUACUUUAUUGGAUUCAAAAUAUCAAUUGUACAUUGGUAAACCAACCGCUCAAGAAUCUUCUUCAACUACUACUCAAGAAGAAGAAGAAGAAGAAUUCUAA